GACCUACAGGGCAGAAUGCAAUGGAUCAGCUUGAGCAGAGGGUAAAUGAAUUUUUUAUGAAUGCGAAGAAAAACAAACCUGAAUGGAGAGAAGAACAAAUGACAUCAAUCAAAAAAGAUUAUUAUAAGGCUUUGGAAGAUGCAGAUGAAAAAGUGCAACUGGCUAAUCAAAUAUAUGAUUUGGUAGACCGACAUUUGAGAAAAUUGGAUCAGGAGCUUGCUAAAUUUAAAAUGGAACUUGAAGCAGAUAACGCUGGAAUUACAGAAAUACUAGAGAGAAGGUCUCUGGAGCUGGAUACACCAUCACAGCCUGUCAAUAACCAUCAUGCUCAUUCUCACACUCCAGUAGAGAAAAGGAAACACAAUCCGUCUUCUCACCAUAGUGCAACAGAUCAUGUUCCUGAAAAGAAGUUUAAAUCUGAAGCUCUUCUAUCUACCCUGACUUCAGAUGCUUCUAAAGAAAAUACACCAGGGUGUCGAAACAGUAAUUCAUCAUCCUCUUCAAACAAUGCAUACAAUACAAACUCUUCUCAACCAUUGGCAUCAUAUAACCUGGGCUCAUUAUCUUCAGGAUCCGGGGCCGGUGCAAUUACCAUGGCAGCAGCUCAAGCAGUGCAAGCCACGGCGCAGAUGAAGGAAGGGAGGCGAACAUCCAGUCUAAAAGCCAGCUAUGAAGCAUUUAAGAACAAUGAUUUUCAGCUUGGAAGAGAAUUUUCAUUAUCCAGAGAUGCAACUGGAUAUUCAUCAUCAGCUCUGGCGUCUACGUUAACACAGACAUUAAGUUCAUCAACCACAGAUUCACGAAGUGGCAGAAAAAGCAAAAAUAACAACAAAUCCUCAAGUCAGCAGUCCUCGUCAUCUUCCUCUUCUUCGUCUCUGUCAUCGUGUUCUUCUUCAUCUGCACUGGCACAAGAACUGUCUCAGCAAACAGCAGUAAUACCAGAGUCUGAUUCUAAUAGCCAGGUUGACUGGACCUAUGAUCCAAAUGAGCCACGUUACUGCAUUUGUAAUCAGGUGUCCUAUGGUGAAAUGGUAGGCUGUGAUAACCAAGAUUGCCCUAUUGAGUGGUUCCACUAUGGAUGUGUUGGACUGACAGAAGCACCGAAAGGGAAGUGGUACUGUCCACAGUGUACAGCUGCAAUGAAGAGAAGAGGCAGUAGACAUAAAUAAGUUCCUUCAUUUGGAAAACAAAUCGCAUACUAAAGGUUUUAUAGAGGACUUGGGAGGGGGAGGAACCCCCACCACACUUCCUUGCAACCACUUAAGGGUUAACAUAGCAGUCAUAAGAUCUUGAAGUAUUGAUUUUGCUAGUUGUGUUUUAAUAUUGUAAGUAAAUUAUUUAUGCACAUUGAUGUGCUACAGAUACUAUUCCAGUGAGCCUUGGAUUGUUCCAGUGGCCAACAUAUGCAGACAUUUGUACUAUCAGACCAUUUUCUCUAAGCAGUGGGCAUUCUACAAUUAUUCAAUCUUCAAAAAAUUCCGAUAAAUCAAGAUUUUAAAUGUAUGUUUUAUAUUCAACAGAUAUAUUCUGCUGCAUGUACUGUACUCAAGAGCUGUUAUGUAACACUAUGUAUAUAAAUGGUGCAAAAAGUCAGUGCUUCUGGAAAAGAAAAUGAAACAAUGGUUUUUAAGAUGCCUUUAUAACUUUGGUUCUUUAUGAAACUUAAUUCAGCAGGCUGAAGAAAAUGGUUCUUGUAUACAGCGGGCUGUUGUCCUCUAGGGUACUUGAGUAAGUAAAAACAUAAAAAAUGCUGUAGAAUAAAACAAACUUGUGCCAUUAGUCUUUAUAUGUUUCUGCUCCAGAGAAGGCGCAGGCCGUGAGAGGAAAAAAAGGUGUUAAAGUGAUGAUAAAUUUUUAUACCAAAUGUGUUUAUUUUUUUGUGCAAGUAAUCCUUUAAAUUUGAAUUGUAUUAGGUGUUAAAAUAAAACAACCUCAACUCCUU